UGGUCCGAAUUGUACAGAAAAGUUUGUGAACUCGUCGCAGGGCGUCCAUAUAUCGUGCAUUAUUCACUGGCGCAAGCAACAUUGGAAGAAGCAUUCCUAAGGCUUGCUGAGUGUGAAAAAGAUGAUGAGUCAUCGGAGACACCAAGCAUUGAAGUUUCGAAUUCUGGUAUUUUACAGUGUUAA